CAAGCUCUGCCUGAAAAGCAACAGCUGUGUUGCCAGAGUGACUCCUCUCGCUAAUAGACGAGCUGCGCUGGAUGCUCGGGCAGCGCUCUCAUGCCUGCUGUGCGCUCUGACUCCGGGAGGAUGGACGGUGUGUCGUUAGGUCUGGUGGCCCCACCGGCCUCGCCACGUCCAAACUGCCCCACGGAUUCAGAGGAGGACACGGUGAACGGAGGGAUUCACACGUUCAACCAGACACACAUGAGGAAAGCCUUCCAGCUGAUGAACGAUCUGAGGAGUAAAAAGAUGCUGUGUGACGUACAGCUGGUGGCGGGUAGCGUUGAAGUUCCAGCCCACCGGGUGGUCCUGGCAUCCUGUAGCCCUUACUUCUGUGCCAUGUUCACAGGUGACAUGAGCGAGAGCAAAGCCCACCAGGUGGAGAUCAGGGAGGUGGACGGCCAGACUCUGAGGAAACUGGUGGACUAUAUUUACACAGCUGAGAUAGAGGUGACAGAGGACAAUGUCCAGGUUCUCCUGCCAGCAGCCAGCCUCCUACAGCUGAUGGACGUUCGUCAGGUCUGCUGUGAGUUCCUGCAGUCACAGCUUCAUCCCACCAACUGUCUGGGCAUCCGAGCCUUUGCUGACCUGCACACCUGCACGCAGCUUCUCAGCCAGGCCCAUGCGUACGCUGAGCAGCAUUUCUCUGAGGUGGUGCAGGGCGAGGAGUUCCUGGGUCUGUCUCUACAGCAGGUGUCCAGCCUGAUCUCCAGUGACCAACUCACAGUCUCCACUGAGGAAAAGGUGUUUGAGGCGAUGAUAUCUUGGAUCAAAUACGACAAACCGACUCGUCUGGAGUACAUGCCCAAACUGAUGGAGCACGUCAGACUCCCACUGCUGUCCAGGGAUUACCUCGUCAAGAUUGUUGAGGAAGAAGCCUUAAUAAAGAACAACAACACCUGCAAAGACUUUCUCAUCGAAGCAAUGAAGUAUCACCUGCUGCCGGCCGACCAGCGCCACCUCAUCAAGACGGACCGAACACGACCGCGGACUCCUGUCAGCAUCCCCAAGGUGAUGAUUGUGGUGGGGGGUCAGGCUCCUAAAGCCAUCCGCGGCGUCGAGUGUUACGACUUCCAGGAAGAUCGCUGGUACCAGGUUGCUGAUCUGCCUUCCAGACGCUGCCGGGCAGGCGUGGUUUCCAUGGCGGGCCGAGUGUACGCGGUGGGCGGGUUCAACAGUUCGCUGCGGGAGCGGACCGUAGACGUUUACGACGGAGCGAGGGACCAGUGGAGCGCCGCGGCAAGCAUGCAGGAGAGACGCAGCACACUGGGAGCAGCUGUUCUGGGAGACCUGCUGUACGCUGUGGGAGGCUUUAAUGGAAGUAUAGGUCUGUCGACUGUUGAAGUUUACAAUCAAAAAACCAACGAGUGGACAUACGUGACCUCUAUGAACACCAGACGCAGCAGCGUGGGUGUCGGCGUAGUCGACGGUAAACUGUACGCAGUGGGAGGUUACGACGGCGCUUCACGUCAGUGUCUCAGCACAGUGGAAGAAUACGACCCAGUCUCCGAUCAGUGGUGCUAUGUGGCUGAUAUGAGCACACGGAGAAGUGGAGCAGGUGUGGGGGUCCUGGGCGGCCUGCUCUACGCAGCAGGCGGACAUGAUGGUCCUCUGGUGAGGAAGAGCGUGGAGGUGUACGACCCCCAGAGCAACGUGUGGAGGCUGGUCAGCGACAUGAACAUGUGUCGCAGAAAUGCAGGUGUUUGUGCCAUAAACGGGCUGCUGUAUGUGAUCGGAGGAGAUGAUGGUUCCUGUAACCUCUCCUCUGUGGAGUUUUAUAAUCCAGUCACCGAUAAAUGGAGCCUUAUUCCCACCAACAUGAGCAAUGGCCGCAGCUAUGCCGGGGUCGCAGUGAUCGACAAGCCGCUAUGACCCCGGCUCGUCCCACAGCAGAGUCCGAUUCACAGAGACCCUAACUGAUGAUUCCACUGAGAGCCUCCAUGUUUAGCAAACCUGCUGCUGGUCAGAACAGUUUCUAUUGGAGUUCAGGGACAUUUGAAGAAACUGUUGCUCUGGGUGAGAACCCCGCAGGCCCGGGACCAUGGGUUCAGAAGAACUUCCAGUCAGACGUUUUCAAAUGCAAAACAGAUCAGCAGCCAGGAAUACACUGCACAGAAAAAACAAACUGACAUAAAUGCACUAAACAGAGACGGUUCUUCACUUGAACAGUGGUUCUGUUCGUCUGCGUUCCGUUUCUGACCUUGGCAACAGACCAGCAGACUCUGGAAACUGGCAAUAAUCUGUGAGAUUUGCUAAUCUUACCAUAAAUGGAGGAAAAUCAGCUCAUGGUGACGAUUUGUCGGUGAAAUCAGAACCAAUCAGUGUUUGACUGGUGCGGCUGGUUCUGAUGUCCGACUCGCUUCAGCUGUCCGCAGUAUUAGUCCUCAGCCUGAACGCCUGAAACCCAGAAAGCUGCAAUAUAAAGAAUGUAAAAAAAAAAGGAAAAAGAAAAAUAUGUAGAUUUUGUAUUUUUUUUCAAAGAUUUGUUUUUAAUUUUGACUCUUUUGGCUUCAGAUAAGCUGGUGGGACUUACCAGAAAACACUACUGAUGUUCUGAUUCUGUGCACUGAACGCAAACCUCUGCGCAUCUCUUCCAACCUGCCAACAAGCUGCUUCACCUUCACAUUUUAGAGGCCAUAAACUCAUGACAAACUUUGUGGGACGUGCCAGUCACAGAGGAAACAUUGAAGGUCGGCAUGGGAAGGAGCUGCACUAAAAAACAUCUGGAAGGGUUUCAUGUCCAUGACAGAUGUUUGGGACUUUAUUUAUUGACUUCUGAGCUCUUCUGUCACGGUUUGUCUUCACGCUGUUAAAUAGGCGAAUGUGCCACUUCUUUCUGGAUGUAACAAAUCCUAAAAGAUGGAAAUUCUGUUUACUGGACUGGAUUUUAAUGUGUUGAUAAAAAGCACAUAGUUUAAUGUAACCAUGUUGUCUUAGAUGUCGUGACCUUAACUGAUCAAGCAUUUAGAUUCAUUCUAGUUGCUUCAGUGGGAUCUAUGUCUUUGCUUAUUUGAAACAAUUCUGGGUUUAUUUUAUGGCUCCAGUUCUGUUCUUCUUCAGGUGGGAAGUAGGUAGGACUGCUGCCCUCACCAGGUAGAACAGAGGAACUACCGAUCUGGUGCUCUACUGACCUGCUGGAAUGUGACUCCGUUGAACUUUUUUCAUUUUAAGGUUGAGCAUUAGUGAAAUAAUCUUUACAAAA